AUGCGCUUCGAAACCAUGCUCGCCGUCGCAUCCGCGGCCAUCCUGGCCCUCAGCUCCGGCGCCGCCGCCCAAAGAGUAAUCGCUCUCCCCGUCGCGAUCUACAAGGGCGAAGGCCAACGGGUGAUGCUUUUGGACGACCAAAUAGCCGGCAGAACCACCAAGGUCCUGAUCAAUGAUAAUGUUUAUUCGGUCCCCGUCGAUAGGAAAGGAACCCCCGACAACCGCCAGCUGCCCAAUGGAUAUUACGCCGAGACCUUCUUUCGUGACGGGAGAGUGGUCGAAUUGCUGCCAAAUGGUGACGAGCAGGCUGAAGCAAAAUGCGUGAUGGUGGACAACGGAGCGAUCCGCGCCAUUGGUGGUUAA